CCAGGCGGGGAGCGCCGCGGCGGCCCCAGGAGGUGGCGGCGGGGCGCGGGAGCCCGGGCCGCGCGGGACUGGCCGUCGGGGCCCCGGGACGGUGGCCCCGGGGGCGCCCAUGCCAUGGAGAAGCUGGCGGCCGGGCUGGCCGGCCUGCGCUGGAGCAUGGGCGCCUUCCCGCUCGACCUCAUCGUCAGCCGCUGCCGCCUGCCCACGCUCGCCUGCCUCGGGCCAGGGGAGUAUGCUGAGGGUGUCAGUGAGAGAGACAUCCUGCUCAUUCACUCCUGCCGCCAGUGGACAACGGUGACAGCCCAUACCCUGGAGGAGGGCCACUAUGUCAUCGGACCCAAGAUUGACAUCCCCCUGCAGUACCCAGGGAAGUUCAAGCUCCUGGAGCAGGCCCGGGACGUGAGGGAGCCGGUGAGGUACUUCAGCAGCGUGGAAGAGGUGGCCAGCGUCUUCCCUGACCGCAUCUUUGUGAUGGAAGCUAUCACCUUCAGUGUCAAGGUGGUGUCGGGCGAGUUCAGCGAGGACAGCGAGGUGUACAACUUCACGCUGCAUGCGGGCGACGAGCUCACGCUCAUGGGCCAGGCGGAGAUUCUGUGUGCCAAGACCACCAAGGAGCGCUCGCGCUUCACCACGCUGCUGCGCAAGCUGGGCCGGGCCGGGGCGCUGGCCGGGGUGGGAGGCGGCGGCCCCGGGGGUGCGGGGGCCGCGGGUGGCGGCGGCGGCGGCGGCGCCAGGCCCGUCAAGGGCAAGAUGCCCUGCCUCAUCUGCAUGAACCACCGCACCAACGAGAGCCUGAGCCUGCCCUUCCAGUGCCAGGGCCGCUUCAGCACGCGCAGCCCGCUGGAGCUGCAGAUGCAGGAGGGCGAGCACACGGUGCGCGCCAUCAUCGAGCGCGUGCGGCUCCCCGUGAACGUGCUGGUGCCCAGCCGGCCGCCGCGCAACCCCUACGACCUGCACCCGGUGCGGGAGGGCCACUGCUACAAGCUGGUCAGCAUCAUCUCCAAGACCGUGGUGCUGGGGCUGGCGCUGCGCCGCGAGGGCCCGGCGCCGCUGCACUUCCUGCUGCUCACCGACACGCCGCGCUUCGCGCUGCCGCAGGGCCUGCUGGCCGGGGACCCGCGCGUGGAGCGCCUGGUGCGCGACAGCGCCUCCUACUGCCGCGAGCGCUUCGACCCCGACGAGUACUCCACCGCCGUGCGCGAGGCGCCCGCCGAGCUGGCCGACGAUUGCGCCAGCCCGCGCCGCGCGCGCCUCUGCCUGCCCGCGCCCCCGCGCGCCCCGGCGCCCGCCCGCGCCCCCGGCCUGCCCGGCGACGGCGAGCAGGAGUACGUGAGCCCCGACUGGGCCGGCCCGCCAGAGCCCGGCGCGCCGCCUGCCGAGAUCCCCUACGAGGAGCUGUGGACGCACCAGGCGGCCGAGGGCCUCGCCGAGGGCCGGACGCGGCCGCCCCCCGGGCCCGACCUCAUCUCCUUCGGGGCCGCCGGGCCGCCCCGCCUGGAGCCGGAGGCGCCACCGCCUCCCGUCCCUCCCAAGUCCGAGGCGGUGAAGGAGGAGUGCCGCCUGCUCAACGCCCCACCUGUGCCUCCCCGGGGUGGCAAUGGCAGCGGCCGGCCCUCGGGCAGCCCCCCGGUGCCCCCUCGCUUCCCCAAGCUGCAGCCCAUCCACUCCCCCAGCUCCAGCCUCUCCUACUACUCCUCUGGCCUCCAGGAUGGGGCAGCCUCCCGCAGCGGCAGCGGCAGCGGCUCACCGUCACCGGAUGCCUACUCCCUUUACUGCUACCCGUGCACCUGGGGAGACUGCAAGGCCGGCGAGGCCUCCGGCCGCCCACCCCCGGGACCCCUGCCCUCCACCACGCAGCCCAGCCAGGCUGCGCGGGCCCUCGCAGAGCCCCCGAGCAGUCGGGCUGCCUCCGUCUUGGGGGCUGACACCCCCAUCAAGGCGUACCACGGCUGCCCGCCUCUGUUCAAGCCCUCUCACCCACAGAAACGCUUUGCUCCGUUCGGAGCUCUCAACCCCUUUUCGGGGCCUGCCUACCCCUCGGGCCCUUCCGUGGCCGCCUCUCCUGGGCCCACGACCACCUCGGGCCCCCUGGCUACCUCCAGCCCUGCCUUUUCUCCAGGCCCAGGCUCACCAGGCCAGGCCUACUCAGCUGCUCCCCCCUCCUGUCCCACCUCCUCCUCCUCCUCUUCCGAGUGGCCGGAACCAGCCCUGGAGCCCUUUGAGCUGGGCCAGGGCGGUUCCCCGGAGCCCGAGCUGCUGCGCUGUCAGGAGCCCAGAGCUGUGGGGGCACCUGGGCCCGGACCCUGCCUCUCGCCACUCGGACCCCCCAAGGCCUUUGAACCAGAAGGUCUGGUGCUGCGGCAGGUCCCCACCCCACUGUCACCGGUGGCCCUGCAGGGGCCUGAGGCGGGCGGAGCUCGGCUCCUUCUCGCCCAAGGGCGCCUGGAGGGGCCUCCUGCCAGUCCCUGGGAGGGGGUCGCAGGCUGGGGAGGCCGGGAUGCCUCCUCCUGGCAGCCCCCCGCUGACCUGUCUGCACUCUCCCUGGAAGAAGUCUCUCGAAGUCUGCGUUUCAUCGGGCUCUCAGAGGACGUGGUAAGCUUCUUUGCCAGAGAACGCAUUGACGGCAGCAUCUUCGUGCAGCUCAGCGAGGACAUCCUGGCCGAUGACUUCCACCUCACCAAGCUGCAGGUCAAGAAGAUCAUGCAGUUCAUCAAAGGCUGGCGGCCCAAGAUCUGAUGUUCCCGGCUCGUAGCUGCGCAACUGGAAGCUGGCACGGAGGCCCCGGGGCUGCAGGGGGACAGCCUGCGGGACCCAGGCGCCGGUCCCGCCUGCGAGGAGAAUCUAUGCCAAGACUGAGGCGGCCAGGCAGCCCCUCAGAGUGAAUCCAGACACACUUGGAAGUGGGGGACUCUGGGGUCAGACCCCUACACGAGGACAUCUGGCCUUUGUGCAGAGUAUGUGGGGAGGAGGCUGGAGGCACUGGGGCGCACCUGGGCCUGGGGCCACACUGCUGUGAUUCCCGUGGAGGAAGGGCAUCAAAAGCUGGCCUUCGCGGUGACCUAACAUCUUCCCGUGUCCUUGUGCAGAACUUCACAGGCCUCUUGCGCUUCUCAAGCUUGUAGGUUGAGGUUAGAGACCAGGGAAGAAGAUGGUCUGUAACUUAAGCACAAAUUCCCCAAGUGCCCUCUCCCCUGUGCCCUGUGGGCUUUUGGCCUAAGCUGCCCCAGAGUCUGGGUGCCGUUUCUGUAUCUCUAGGACGCCCUUCCUUCCCCCUUCUGUGAAUCAGGGCCCUGGCCCCGAGCACUGGGGUAGCGAGUACAAGCCUGUGCCACCGUGCCUCGGAGGCUCCAGCUCUCGGUGCCGGUUUGCGGGUGAAGACCCUCGACGAGAACGGCCCUGCUGUUGACGUGCUCUAGUCGGGGAGCCGGGUGGUCCCCUGACGUCUCCGGUGCCCAGGCUUCCGCCUUCCAUCUUGCCAGGCUGGGUCCGGUCUGCGAAGAUUCUCACUCCGCCGAGGAGCAGGUAGAUUUAGGUCAGCCGCUCCUGGAUUCUGGAGGCGAGUGGCCUUCAGUCUCUCCCACUUCCCCUCUACUCCCACUUCGCUUGAUUCUGGCCAGCACACGGUGCCGUCCUCUUGCUCUCUGUAGCUGGCACAGGUGGGGUGGGUGGGGAGAAAGCACGGUGGUUUGGGGAAACCUGCUCGUUCCCCGUUCCUGGAGCCCAGGCCUCCUGCACUUGCUCAUGUGCCUCACAGCAGGCCCUCGCCCCCCAGAUCUCGGGCACGACGACCUGCUUGGCACCCGGAGGUUGGCCAUGGUGUACGAGCACCCAUUACUUCCCAGCCCCUGGGCUCUCCGUCUCCUCACCCAGGACCACACUAACUCUCGUGCCGCUGGCCUCAGGCCCCGGGUUACAGGCCUUCUCUUCUGCCUUAUCUAGCCUUCCUAGAUAUUUAUUUCCUGUUUUUCUCUUAAGAGUAGUGAAGCCAUGCUGGUGCUCAGGCCCUGAGCUGAUGCCUCCGCUCCAGGGCAAGGGGAGUCGGGAAGCAGGACACACAAACUGAUGCUGAAGCAUUUGGUUUCCUUGUCGAUCCCUUAGUGAAUCCUCUGGGACUAGUGAAAUAAAUGCUAGAGCACUGGACAGUGCAGGUGGAAUGCUGGGUGUCGGCGGCUCUCUUCUUCCGGACCACGGGGACCGACAGGUACAACGUGUAGGCCUCCAGGCAGAAGGCUCUGGAAUGGGUGUGCCCGUGGCCCACUCCUGGGUUCUCUUCUGAAAACCCCUCAUCAGCCCCUACCCUACAAGAACCUUCUAGCUCCCUCAAAGGUUUCAACAUCAUUCCUACUUUCCAUUGCUGCUGAGUGGAAAACUCCAGCUUGCCAGCCAGGCCCCCAGGUUUUUCCUGCACUGGCCAAAUGCCUGCCUGAGGCUCUCCCAGAGCACCCUUUAGGAGCCCGUUAAUGGCUCUGGUGUGAGGACCCGUUCUCUUUUGGUCACCUGAGAACCCCUAGCACCGAGGUGGCUUGAUUUUAGAGUCUGGCUUUGUGGCAACCAACCAACCAACGGUGAGUAGUCAGUCAAGCCGGAGCUAAGCUCCCUGCCCACUGGUCCCGGCAGAGCUGGGCCCGGGAUGGUGUCUGGAGUCCCGGCAGCUGGAGCAGAUGCAGGAGCAAUGGGUCACGGUUCAGAGCCCGACACGGUGUGACUUGUUAGGAUCCCGUGCACACGCGGUGGGGGUCCUUCUGCCAGGCUGGUCGGGGGCCCCCUAGCCGCUUACACAGACUGGGUAGUGCUUCUGCCGGAAGGUGAGCGUAGGGCCUCUCCGGCCCAGGGGGCACCGCGAGGGCGGAGGGGGGGGCUCUC